CGCAGCUGGGGGCCGCCUGCUGAGUCUCCGCGCUCGCCUCGAGACUCCCCGCCCGCAGGUCAUUCCAGAAAGAUGAGGAUAGUUAGUGUCUUUACAUUCAUGGCCUACUGUCAUUUGCUGAAAGCAUUUACUAUCACAGUUACCAAGGACCUGUACAUGGUAGAGUAUGGCAGCAAUGUGACAAUGGAAUGCGAAUUCCCAGUAGAAAAACCAUUAAACCUGGCUGCAUUAAUUGUCUACUGGGAAAUGGAAAAUAAGAAAAUUAUUCAAUUUGUGAAUGGUAAGGAAGACCUGAAGGUUCAACACAGUAGCUACAGCCAGAGGGCCCAGCUGUUGAAGGACCAGCUCUUCUUGGGAAAGGCCGCACUUCAGAUCACAGAUGUGAAAUUGCAGGAUGCAGGAGUUUACUGCUGCUUAAUCAGCUAUGGUGGUGCUGACUACAAGCGGAUUACUUUGAAAGUCAAUGCCCCAUACCGCAAAAUCGACCAGAGAAUUUCUGUGGAUCCAGUCACCUCUGAACACGAACUAACAUGUCAGGCUGAGGGUUACCCCGAGGCUGAAGUCAUCUGGACAAGCAGUGACCACCGAAUCCUGAGUGGCAAAACCACCAUCACCAAUUCCAAGAGGGAGGAGAAGCUUUUCAAUGUCACCAGCACACUGAGACUCAACACAACAGCUAACGAGAUUUUCUACUGCACUUUUCGGAGAUCAGGUCUUGAGGAAAACAGUACAGCUGAGUUGGUCAUCCCAGAACCACUUAUAGUUCCAGCAAAUAAGAGGACUCAUUUGGCAAUUCUGGGAGCCAUCCCGUUGUUACUUGUAGCCCUGACAAUCAUCAUCUGUCUAAAAAGAAAUGUGAGAAUGAUGGACGUGGAAAAAUGUGGCACCCAAGAUACAAACUCAAAGAAACAAAAUGAUACACAAUUUGAAGAGACGUAAUCCAGCAUUGAAACUUCUGAUCUUAAGGCAGGGAUUCUCAGCCCGUGGUCUGAGUUCGUCAGGGCCAAGCAUGCCAGAGAAAUGCAGUGGGCCAACAGGCUGCAGGUGAUGUCGGAGGCCCAAACACUGAAAAUGGAAGCUGGGAAAGAAGAGGAGAACGAGGAAGAAUGAAGUAGAAAGGGUAGCCUGAAAGGAAACUUCGGUACUUCAGAAUGACUGGAGAUUCAUCGGUGCAGAUGAAAGGGAGAAAGGACACUUCUGAAUGAUAAGCCUUCAUGCCAAUUGUCCAUUGCUCGUCCUAGGAAAACAAGUUGAGAUUCCCUGAUUUAAUGGUUGGUGCCUGCAGAAGUGCCCUUUGCCUUCACUCAGUGUCUCAACUUGUCUUCUGCGUGAUUGAGAGGCCCAGUGUUACAACAGUAUUUAAGUAUAUUUCUAUUUAUUUUGAG